AUUCGUACUCCAUUCUUCGCCGUGAGCAGUUUGUUAGGACGUCAAUUUUGUGGACUGUUUUAAUCAUUUAAUUCCCUUUUAAUUUCAAUUUACGGUUCAGUUUAACAAUCAAGAAGUUUCACCAUGGCGUACCAGCUGACCAAGAUCGGAACAGCCCUAUCGGGGAACCUGUCCAAAACUGCUCUGCGAAGCAUCAGCACUACCGCUGCCGUGUACGAACCCAGAAAGCUCCCCGAUAAGACCGGCAAAAAUGUUGUAUUGGUGGAUGGUGUCCGAACGCCGUUCCUUUUGUCUGGCACCGAUUACUCGAAACUGAUGCCACACGAGUUGGCUCGUCAUUCGCUGCUGAGCCUGUUGCGCAAAACAAAGCUGGAUAAAGAACUGGUUGACUACAUCGUCUAUGGAACCGUCAUUCAGGAAGUCAAAACAUCUAAUAUUGCACGCGAGGCGGCCCUGUCCGCUGGAUUCAGCAACAAAACACCCGCACACACUGUGACCAUGGCUUGCAUCAGUUCUAACCAGGCCAUCACCACCGGAAUGGGACUGAUCGCCACCGGAACGUACGACGCGAUCGUUGCCGGGGGCGUCGAAUUCAUGUCCGAUGUGCCAAUCCGCCACAGCCGAAAGAUGCGUUCUCUGAUGCUGAAGGCCAACAAGGCCAAAACACCCGUCCAGCGACUACAGCUCCUCGCUUCCAUUCGACCGGACUUUUUCGUUCCGGAACUGCCAGCUGUGGCAGAAUUCUCGUCCGGCGAAACCAUGGGCCACUCGGCUGAUCGGUUGGCCGCAUCAUUCAACGCUUCUCGUCAGGAGCAAGAUGACUACGCUCUCCGCUCUCAUACUUUGGCCAAGGAAGCCCAAGAUAAGGGCUACUUUACAGAUCUGGUCCCAUACAAGGUGUCUGGUGUGGACAAAACCGUUGCAAAGGACAACGGCAUUCGUGUCUCGAGCAAGGAAGCUCUGGCCAAGUUGCGGCCAGCUUUCGUUAAGCCAUACGGCACUGUUACUGCGGCGAAUGCUUCCUUCCUAACCGAUGGUGCUUCCGCGUGUCUAAUCAUGACCGAGGAAAAGGCAAAGGCCCUUGGAUUGCGUCCAAAGGCUUAUCUGCGCGAUUUCCUGUACGUUUCGCAAGAUCCGAUCGACCAGCUGCUGCUGGGACCUGCAUACGGCAUCCCGAAGCUGCUGAAGAAAGCCGGCCUUACUCUCAAGGAUAUCGACUCAUGGGAAAUUCACGAAGCUUUCGCCGGACAAAUCAUCGCCAACCUGAAAGCCCUCGACUCGGACUAUUUCUGCAAGAAUUAUCUCGGCCUUAGUGAGAAGUUCGGUUCGCCAGAUCUGAGCAAGUGGAACAACUGGGGCGGAUCACUUUCGAUUGGGCACCCGUUCGCGGCCACCGGUGUGCGGCUUUGCAUGCACACGGCUAACCGAUUGGUGCGCGAAAAUGGACAGCUGGGCCUGGUAGCUGCGUGCGCGGCUGGUGGCCAGGGCGUGGCCAUGUUGCUCGAACGGCACCCGGAUGCCAACGCCGAGUAAAAGAGGGGGAUCGUCACUACCUAAAGGAUGUUUAUGUGAUAUCCGUUCUCGAUAAGACUAGGGUCGGUCCCGUUUUGGCACGACAAUCCGAAUGUUGUUUGUUUAGGUUUCACAAAGUGCUAGAUUAUUUAAUUAAUAUCAAGUAUCCUGUUUAUUUUUUAUAUGUUUUUGGUAUCCCAUUAUAUAUGUAUGUUUAAAAAAUCAUUGUAUAA